UCCCGCCACGCAGGUUAAUACCCGGAACUGCCUCCCCAUCCUCCGCAAAACCGGAAGAAACUGAUGGUGGCUGACGAGGUCCAAAUCUCCCCCGCCUUCCCUCUGUUUCUGUUUCCCCGCCUCCUCAGCGGAAGCCGAGCGCCAAACUCAAAUUUCAGCAGGACCGGGGCUCCUUCAGGCUAGUUCCGUGGGCCGGGCCUGCUGGACUUUUCCGCUUACUGGCAGGGGCAGCGGACCAACAUGAGCCAGGUUCUGUUCCAGGAGCUAGUCCCGCUGCAGGUGAAAUGCAAAGACUGCGAGGAGAGGAGAGUAAGUGUUAGAGUGAGCAUUGAACUACAAUCAGUUUCCAAUCCAGUUCACAGAAAGGAUUUAGUUAUCCGUCUGACUGAUGAUAGUGAUCCAUUUUUUCUGUAUAACCUUGUUAUAUCUGAGGAGGAUUUUCAGAGUUUAAAAUUCCAGCAAGGCCUUCUGGUAGACUUCUUAGCUUUCCCACAGAAAUUUAUAGAUCUUCUUCAUCAGUGUACUCAAGAACAUGCCAAAGAAAUUCCAAGGUUUUUGCUGCAGUUAGUUUCUCCAGCACCUGUUUUGGAUAAUUCACCUGCCUUUUUAAAUGUGGUAGAGACAAAUCCUUUUAAGCAUCUUACACACCUGUCACUAAAACUUUUACCUGGAAAUGAUGUGGAAAUAAAGAAGUUUUUAGCCAGCUGUUUGAAAUGUAGCAAGGAAGAAAAAUUAUCAUUGGUGCAAUCACUGGAUGAUGUUACUAGGCAACUGAACUUCACACAAAAGACAUUAUCAGAAAAAAUGCAAGAAUUAGAUAAGUUGCAGAAUGAAUGGGCAUCACACACAGCUGCAUUGUCUAGUAAACAUUCCCAGGAACUGACAAAUGAGAAAGAAAAGGCCUUGCAGGCACAGGUACAAUACCAACAGCAGCAUGAACAACAGAAAAAAGAUUUAGAAAUCCUCCAUCAACGAAACGUCCAGCAACUACAAAACAAAUUAUCUGAGUUAGAAGCAGCUAAUAAAGACCUAACCGAAAGGAAAUAUAAAGGGGACUCGACCAUCAGAGAACUUAAAACAAAACUGUCUGGUGUUGAAGAGGACCUCCAGCGGGCUAAGCAAGAAGUCCUGUCUUUGCGAAGAGAGAAUUCUACACUAGAUGCCGAAUGCCAUGAAAAAGAAAAGCAUAUUAAUCAGCUACAAACAAAAGUGGCUGUUUUAGAACAGGAAAUCAAGGAUAAGGACCAGCUUGUUUUAAGAACAAAAGAAGCAUUUGAUACAAUCCAGGAACAAAAGGUGGCUUUAGAAGAGAAUGGGGAGAAAAAUCAGGUACAACUAGGAAAACUUGAAGCUACGAUAAAAUCAUUAUCGGCGGAACUUCUUAAGGCAAAUGAAAUUAUCAAGAAGUUACAGGGGGAUCUGAAAACUUUAAUGGGUAAAUUGAAACUGAAGAAUACAGUAACUAUUCAGCAAGAGAAACUCUUGGCUGAGAAGGAAGACAAAUUACAAAAGGAACAGAAGGAAUUACAAGAUGUUGGACAGUCUCUCCGAAUUAAAGAGCAAGAGGUGUGCAAAUUACAAGAACAGUUAGAAGCUACCGUUCAAAAGCUUGAAGAAAGCAAACAACUUCUAAAAAAUAAUGAAAAGUUAAUCACAUGGUUAAAUAAAGAACUAAAUGAAAAUCAGGUAGUCAGAAAGCAAGAUAUAUUGGGACCUUCCAGCACUCCACCUGUACAUUCUACCAGUACCACAAUCAGAAGUGGGAUUUCUCCUAACUCUAAUGUGGUUGAUGGUAGACUUACUUACCCAACUUGUGGUAUUGGUUAUCCUGUCUCCUCUGCAUUUGCAUUCCAGAAUACUUUUCCUCAUCCUAUAUCUGCCAAAAAUACCAUCCACCCAAUUUCAGGAUCAAAGGUUCAGUUUAACUUGCAGUUUACAAAACCAAAUACAUCACUAGGAGAUGUUCAUUCAGGAACAACUAUUAGUGUGCCUUGCUCAACUGAUAAGGAAAAUGGUGCAAAUUUAGGGCUGGAAUCCAAAUACCUGAAGAAAAGGGAAGAUAGCAUUCCUUUACGUGGGCUCAGCCAAAACCUGUUCAAUAACCCAGACCAUCAAAAAGAUGGCACUUUGGGAGCAUUACAGACAUCUUCCAAACCUGCAGUGCUCCCUCCUGCAUCUUCCGCGUAUUUCCCCGGGCAGUUAACAAACAGUUAAUGCCAAUGUUGUCUUUUACUUCUUAUUGAAAUUUCAGAAAUUCCCAUGGUUUAAAAAUAUAUGAACAGCAUAGAUCAAAUCCUAAGCCAGCAAGUUGCAAAGUUUACUUGAGCUUACUGUAUUAGAUUGUCUGGAUCCUUUCUAAGAACUGCUGUGGUUUCAUGGCAAGCUACAGGAGCCAGUUUGUACUUGGGGGCCUCUGAGUGAAGAUUCUGAGUAAAUGACACUUUUUAGUUUGUGAACAUGGUUGUUUUAGAGAAUAAUAGUAUGAAUUUUAUUAAAUGAAUCCUUAGAAAUUCUCAGAGGUUCUAAGGAAAGAGUUGAUCCUUUUAUAAGGGACAUUCUAGUCAUUGAGUAUCUGGGUAAAUGAAAACCUGCUCAGACAUAUGAAUGUCAAUAAUUCAUUUUAUCAUUUUCAUUAGUAAAAUAAGAGUUUUAAAUUUAACACCUGAAAAUUAUGAGGGAAAAUGAUUAUCUCCAAAGAUAACUAUAUUAUUUACAGUAAAGGGAAAAGUCCUAAAAUUACCUUCAAUGAAUGAAAUUAAUCCUUCAUAGCAAGUAUUUUCUUUGCAGUAUCUUUAAAUUAGCUAUUGAACAAGUCUAAGUAAUUCUGAUAAAUUACAAAAAUAAUUUGGACUAUGUAUUUAUGUAAUGUAUUUAUACAAUGUAUUUAUAUAACCCAGAUUGGGUAUAAAGUGCUUUUAAUCAUUUGAGCUGCAAAGUUUAUAGAAUUUCAAGCUUCCUGGAAAUCUACACUUACCCAGUUUUUCUCUUUUGUUUGGAGUUUUAUUAGUUUGUUAUGCAGUUAAAUCUAUAUUAGUGGAAUGUUUUAAAAAUAAGUACUAUACAGAAUACUUUAAGAGCAUCAUGAAUAUUCAUUUUUUAAAAUAAUAUCAGAUUGGGUUCAUUUUAAUGUUUGCUUAAUAAGGUAAGCAAAAUGAAUAACUUCUAUAAGUUACAACUUUUUUCUCUCCCCUGUAACCAACCCAGUUUUAAGUAAGAAUUAUUUAGAAAAAAAUUAGGUCAAAAAAAUCCACCUAGAAUCAAAGGGUCCCAUUUUAUUUUCUUGUUCAUGAUCACCCAGUCCAGAGGAGCGUUCUCUUCCAAAACGUAUAAAUCUUGUUUGCAAGGAUUGCUAAUGCUCUUGUGAUUUUUAAAAAACUAUUUUCAAGGACCUUACUACACAGAUGAGGAAAGAGAAUUCAAUAUAUUAAUAUCAAUGUUAUUGGGUUCAUGAUAAGACAAAGAAUGUAGUAUUUGCUCAUAUUUUUCUGAAGCCACAAUAUUGAGUCUUGAUACUUUGAAACUGUGCUGGUAGUUGGCAACCAGUCUUAACUAGGGGAUUUAUUCUAAAAAAUUUAGUAACCAUUACUGGGUAGUGACUUUUUAUAUGUGACUUGUCAUUUCAAUAUACUAAAGGAGUAUUAGGUAAGAAUACUUGGUAGCACUUACUAUUAAUCUGGAAAGUAGCCUCUUGGUGAUAUUAGAAUCUUUCCUGUAAAUAUUAUGUAAUAUAUAUAAAACAUUGUGACAGGGUUUGGAUGGGACUUAGGACAUACAGGUAGUUCUUUUUUAUUUGAAAUUGUUUUGCAGUGUAUAGCUGUACAUGUGUUAAUAAUCACAAGGUUGCACUUAAUGUAUUUCUGUAAACUGUGAGCUUUGUUAAUAAAGUAUUUAUGGAGUAUGACUUGUAUAUAAAAACAAACAGCAUUGAUCUGCAGUUGUUGACUAUGCUUAGAAUUUAAGUACUUCGUUUAAUUUACGGACUAAGUUUUCAUUUCUUGUCUUUCCUACAGGAGUAUUUUGUAGUGGGGGAGAAAAAAAAGGGAUUGAAGGGAAAACGGUGUAAAGCUUUGAUUUGUUACUGUAAAAAUGAUUAUGGUAACAAAUAAAGCCAAAACAGACCUUAUAGGGAAUCACAGAUCAAGACUUUCUUUUAAAAAAAAAAUCAUUAAAAUAUUUAAUUUUAUUAACAGAAUAUUUACAUUUUUUAAGACCUUAUUUAACCAUAGUGAAUGUUCCAAGUUUAAAAAGCAUUGAGCAAUAACCACACACAAGGUGAAAACAGUGUAAACUAUACAAUACUUUAUGUACAAUUUUUACAAAGUAACACUUUUUUAAAUAAUAUAACUGGACACAAAAAUAUACACUUUAGAGAAAUUCACAUCAGUAAUUGUAUAAAGCUCUCUUCUAGGGUCCUGAAAAUUUAGGACAAACAUUAGCUCUGUAAAUAAAGUGUUACUGUGACAGUCCUGAAAGGCCACUAUAUAUAUUUAUCUACAUAUAGAUAUCACAUUGACAUUUUCAAGGCUACCAGCUUUACUAUAUAAUUUUUUAGAUUAUGUAUUCAAGUGUUGAGGUUCUUAUGAUUAUGCAAAUAUUAAAAGAAUAGUGGUAUAAGUAGCUGGGGAACAAAUCUGAGCCAGCGUUUAGAUUUACAGACUCUACCCCCAAUUUAAAUUCUAAAUGGCUGAUAUUUUCUCAUUUCAAAAACAGUGGUGAAUGUUUAAAAUAAAAUUACUACAAACAAGCUUGAAACAUGAUUCAGAUUUAGUACAAUUUUCUUUAGUUUUUUUUUUAAUGCAAACAAUUCAUUUACCAUUUUACUUUAGUGCAUCUGCAUUAAGGCUUUGAAUUAUUUGACCCAAGAUUUUACAAUGUUAAAAACGAACAGGUCCAUAACCGUACUCCCUACUCUGUCUCGCUGUGAGUCAGCAUCAAUAGAGUUAAAGCUCAACACCUGAAGGAAACGGUAGCAGAGACGUUGCUAGUAUCUAAGAAGGUACGUAUAUAGUUUUUAAUUAAAGGACGUAUAAUAAAACAAAAAGCUUAGUGGCAAGAAAUUGGUGCUAAUAAACAAAAGGUUUCUUUUCAAAAGAAAUUGUAACAUCUUUGGAAAACUGUCUGGUUCUGGUUCUUUCUUUAGUUCCCACGGAGUUCAUGCAGAUACAUUUCUUAAGACAAUCUUAAAGUACAUCGUAGAUGGAAAUGGAAUGUACAUCCAGAACUACAGGUGAAAACUAAGACCUGGGUGUGAUAGAAAAGUCUUCCUGAUUUCAGUCCUCACACGUUUGUGUCCUGGAGUAAAGGUUCUUUGGCCUCUCCUGGCGCUUGUGUACUAUGAGGAUGGCUGUGGCUGCCACAGUGCUUUCUCCAGCUGCUGGACCGUAAGCUUAAAUUGGUAUGUUCUGGAAUAAACAAGGCAACAAGCAGAGCCAGCAGUACUGAACAGGCUCCAAAGAGGAAGGGGGGGCCAGGGAUGAUCGAAUUCUGAGAAAGAAAAAGAUAAUGAGGAUUAUUGCACCGACAUCUCUGCUCCUAAGAAACUGCUUGUUUUUAGUAAUCCCAGAUGGCUAUGGAUUACAAGCCAAGGGCUUCUCUCUUUCUUCAUCAGAGCCACAGAUGCAUUUGCUUUUCAGGAGAAAAGGGACACUAUCAUACUCUCACUAUAAAAUUCUGAGGAUAACAACUGAUCCAACAAACAGCCACGAGAUUUUUUUUAAAAACAGCCUAUGCAAAAGCAGACGACUGUCGCUUGCAGCACAGAAUCUGAACACGUGCUCUGAGCCUUCAUUUCAUCAGUUCAACAGGAAGAUCUCACAAGGACAGACAAUUAAGUAGCAUAUGCUGUUAACCACAGAAGCGGAAUCAGUGACCGUUUUCUUUGUUUUAAAAGCUAAAUACAUUCUCUAGUAACUGAAAGUGCAGGAAACAAACACAGCUGAUGCUGUUACCGUAAGAAUCAAAAAGGCCUUUGUUUUAGCCCAAAGUUACGUUCAUUCUUAGCAAAAACUCGCACAGCCAGUUUAACCUGUGUCUGGCCCACAAGCAAACAUUCAUUUCUAUUUAAAAGCAGCCUUGGCUGGCAGAUCAGUGCGCGCUGACAAGGGACCAAGGAGCUGUUCAAGGGACCAAGGAGCUGUUCGUACUGGCUACGGUGGGGAUGUCUGCCGUUAGUGUUUUCAGUUGGAAGGAGGUCAAGUACAGCAAACAAGUGCACAGAGCUGUGAAGCAGCACCUAACGGCCGUCCGCUACAGAGGGCAGGCCUCAGCCGGAGUCCCGAUGAGACCGCGGUACAGACGGGUGGCCGUUACCCGUGCCAUGAGGUGUCAUAUCACCAACUAGAAUAUUUCAGUAAUUCUUAAAUUCUUGAGGGAAAAGGUAUGAACAGCUGAUUUCAAAAAGAGGCAAGUGGGGGCACAGUCCCUUCGGCUUUGGUUUUUAAGUGCUGUAGAUCUAAAGUAAUCAUCUCACAUAAAAGCUUGGGUGACCAAAAACCAUUUUCUCUUUCAAUCCAGCCAAAUGAACUGUAUUUUUAUCACGUGAAUGAAGAAUUACCUGUUCAAAGUGGUGCUGUGGGCUUGUGUUUGUUCCCAAGUCUGUUCCUGUCAUUGGCAGUUCUUUAAGUUCCACAUGGAAUAUGUAGAAGAUGAAUCCAUAAAGAGCUGGUCCCAGACCAUUGCACAGUCCUCGGAUUCCUGUUAUCAUUCCCUGAACAACACCUAAAUUGUUCACACAAAUUAUGUAAUGCACCGCGUAUUUUUUCCUGCCCUAGAACCAGUACAAACAGGAAGUCCAUCUAAAACCAAAGUUCUCAUCAGACACGAGCAAUUUACCAAGAUGACAUUAAAGAGCACUCAGAAGCCAUCAGAUCCACAAAGUAACACGUUACAAAUGUGAGAUCAGGUAAACCCAACCCAGACAUAGGUCAGUUUAAAUAGGUGGGCAAAAGCACUUUCCCUUUAAAACAUCCCUGGCUAAAAAUCAGGCAUGAGUUCCCAAGUAUAUUUGUUAAAAAAAAAAAAAAAAAAAAAAAAAAAAAAAAAAACUGCUCCCAAGCAGCUACUUAAGACCCCACUAAAUCAAAUA